AUGAAAGGAGUGCUGAUGAUGGCUAAUGCCGUCACAGUCACCAAUAACCUCCGUUUUGCCAAACCUAAAGGUCAACACUCACCCUUGCUCCACGAGCAACUGACAAGAGUUAAUCAUUCCCUUAUUCUUCACUUGCUUAUGCACAGCGCCCUUCCUGGUUUUCCUCCUGAGGUCAGCCCUCUGUCACAUGCUGAGCACCCCCCACGUGGUAGCCGAGGCACAGACUCGGUAAGUAACUUGCCCAGAGUCACAGCGCUUUCAAGUGGCUUCGCUAGGGCGCACCUUCGGGCGCUCUCCCUGCGGAGCCCCUCUGCGCCUCGGCGCUGGGCGCUCACGUUCGACGCCCGAAAGCCGUCCGCGGGGGCGCGGCUCACCCAGCCUCCCGCCUCCUGGGAAGUCAGCGCGCACCCGUCCCUGGCCUUUGGGUGCCCGAGCCGGCAGAGCGCACAGAUUCGGGCAGGCGGCUGGGCGCGGCCGCGGCGCGUGGAGAUUAGGGGCAACGUGAUACAUGAAGCCAAGUUCUCCCCCAGGAAGAAGUCUUGUGGGCGGUUUGGUUUUGUUUUUGUUCCUAAAGAACGAAUUCCGGCGUUGGAAACUCUACACGUUGGUCCGGUGAGCUGUGGAAAGGAGCCCCUGGCUGUCUGUCGCAAAGGAAGGGUCUUCACGUGGGGAUCUGGUUCUGAAGGACAGCUGGGAAUUGGAGAACUUAAGGAAAUAAAUUUUAUGCCUAAGAAGAUAGAAACUCUGACUGGUAUAAAAAUUAUACAAGUUUCCUGUGGAUGCUACCACUUCCUGGCAUUAUCAGAAGAUGGCCAAGUGUUUUCGUGGGGAAAGAACAGCCAUGGGCAGCUGGGCCUGGGGAAGGAGCUCCCCUCCCAGGCCAGCCCGCAGAGGGUGAGGUCCCUGGAGGGCAUCCCGCUGGCACAGGUGGCUGCAGGAGGGGCCCACAGCUUUGCCCUGUCUCUCUCGGGGACUUCAUUGGGCUGGGGAAGCAACCAUGCAGGGAAGCUGGCCCUCGGAGGGAAUAAUGUCCCAGUUCAGAGCUACAAGCCUCGAUCAGUUGGUGUACUGAAGACUCUAGGUGUGGUUUAUGUCAGCUGUGGUUAUGAGCACACUGCAGUGCUUACCAAGGAUGGGAAAGUAUUCACAUUUGGAGACAAUAGCUGUGGACAGCUGGGACACAGCCCCACUGCUGAGAAGAGGGGUCCGCAACUGGAAAGAAUUGAGGGCCAAGUUUUGCCGACUGUGGAAGAUAAUAGUUCUCACACCCUUGUGUAUGUCUAUACCACUAGUCAGGUGGUGUCUUUGGGUUGUGGACCAAGUUGCACAAGCAGCUCUCCUCAUCCCGGGGCUCUGGCAGAGAACUUUGACAUUGGCUGCCUGAUUUCUGUUGAUGACCUUGUGGAUGUUCAAAUCAACUACAUUUCUGCUGGAACGUAUUCCAACUUUGUGACAACUUACCAGAAGGAUACUAGUUCCACCAGUGUUUCCAGGAAAACGCCAGAAAUAAGCCGAAUUAACCAGUUGCUGGCAGAAAAAUGGAUGACAGUGGCAAGAGGAAGUGCAGAGCGUGAAGUAAGUGACUGAGAAGCGGAAAUUAGAGUGAUAUUUUCAUCUCCUGCUUGUCUGACUGCAAGUUUUUAAAGAAAAAGAGAAUCUGGAGAAACUAUUUCCAUUUAUGUGGACUUAGAAAGCGAGAAGUUAACAAAAAAAGAAUGGAUAUCUUCUUUGAUAACAACACGUCUCAGGGAACCUGUGCUCAGAGGGCUUCCAUAUCGUUCUCCACACCAAGAAGCUCUAUCAGUCUUCCUUCUGGCCCCAGAGUGUCCUGUCAUGCAUGCUAAGAACUGGAUGGCUCUGGUGGUUCUGUUUGCAGAGGCUGCUCAUAACGUGACUGGCCGGUCUUCACAAGUCCUGAGGAAGUGUGAUUACCUGUAUGGUUGGGCAUCUUUGCAAGCAUCCUCUCUCAAUGCACUGGUCCACGUGCUUAAAACUGCCAUCGCCUCUCAACUGUUUUGUUGGACUGAAACCAUUCAUCACCACAAUGUUAAAGCUCUUCUAGAAGUGAUGAAAGAGGUGUAUAAGGUGAACAAAGCUAAUUUUCAACUACGAAAUUCUUUCAACAUAAAUGAACUAUCCACCUUGCUGAACUUUUAUGAAGAGAGAAGAAGAGUGAUCUGUAAGGAUAAAAACCUGAUACCUACAGAAAACCUCACUCCCAUUAUUUUCAGUGAUUUUCCAUUUGUCUUUAAUUUGCUCUCCAAAAUUAAAUUAUUGCAAGCUGAUUCCCGUAUAAAAAUGCUGGAAUCAGAAGGGAAAGAGUGCAUGGAUUUUGGGCCAAUAAUUCUGCAAGGAAAGGAUGAAUCCCCUCCAUUUACACUUAGAGUCAGGCAGAGUCACCUAGUUGAAGACGCUCUGUGUCAGUUACGCCAAGCCGAAGUCACUGACCUGCGGAAAGUGUUAGUGGUUGAAUUUAUUAAAGAAAUUCGUUCUGUGGGAGAAGGGGUGAAGUCCGAGCUCUUCCACUGUAUAUUUGAAGAUAUGACCAAGAAAGAAUAUGGGAGGUUCAUACAUCCUGAAGAGGGUUCCUACGGGCAGACUUUUUUCGUUCUCUUUCCACCUAAAUUUGAGAAGAAGAGAUAUUUCCUCUUUGGGGUGCUGUGUGGACUCUCCCUGUACAAUUUUAAUGUUGUCAACCUCCCGUGCCCACUGGCUCUGUUUAAGAAACUUCUGGACCAAGAGCCAUCAUUAGAAGAUUUAAAAGAACUCAGUCCUCUUUGGGGGAAUGGAAUUGCAGGGCUGCUUCGAAGGCCACCUGGUCCAGUUCAGGUGGCCACUGCCCGCCCGGGGACACCUUCUCAGCCCUGCCCACCCACCUCUUCACCAGCCAGCGUCCUGUUUACUCUGGCCACAGUCCAAGCCAGUCGUGAGUCAUCGAGUUUCCCUUUAACUUUUCGUUUUCGAUUUCGCCCCCUUUAA